GUCGGUCCCUUCAUCAGUCAGCCGGUGGCGCGCUCGCUCGUGUUUUUAGAGCUCGCGCAGCAUUCCACACGCGCUGAGAGCGGGAUCAACGCGCACAACAACAACAGCUCGCGGACCGUUUACUGAGCUGUUUUCCAUUUAAGAGCCUCUUACAAGAAUCCACAGCGGGAUAAUUUCAGCCCAAAUCCCAGCAGAGAGUCACCGUGGAAGAUGGGUUCAGUCCCGGCCGUAUCUGUGCUCAUUCUGGCCAUCGCUGUUCCGAGUCUAGCCGGAUACAUUGAGGCGUUGGCAGCUAAUGCAGGUACCGGAUUUGCCGUUGCGGAGCCGCAGGUUGCCAUGUUUUGCGGCAAGCUCAACAUGCACAUUAACAUCCAGACUGGCCGCUGGGAGCCGGACCCUUCCGGAUCCAAAACCUGCGUCGGAACCAAAGAAGGAGUGCUGCAAUACUGUCAAGAGAUGUAUCCUGAGCUGCAAAUCACAAAUGUGGUGGAAGCCAACCAGCCAGUCAAGAUCGAGAACUGGUGCAAGAAAGACAAGAAACAGUGCAAGGGCCACGCUCACAUUGUGAUCCCCUACAAGUGCUUGGUCGGGGAAUUCGUGAGUGACGUCCUCCUGGUGCCAGAGAAGUGUAAAUUCUUCCAUAAGGAGCGUAUGGACAUGUGCGUGAGUCAUCAGCAGUGGCACGGUGUGGCCAAAGAGGCCUGCUCUAAGGGGAACAUGGUCCUGCACAGCUAUGGCAUGCUGCUGCCUUGUGGCAUCGAUAAGUUCCACGGCACUGAAUACGUCUGCUGCCCGUCUACUCGUCCUGAAGAGCCCGCACCUCCUGCUUCACCCUCUAAAGAGCUAGAUGAAGAGGAUGAAGACGAGGAUGAGGAGGUGGAGGAGCCUGUCAUUGAGGAUGAGGAUGAGGAAGCAGUAGAGGAGAGCGAUCCUGUUGCCAACGAGCCGCCCACUCCAGAGGACACAGCUGAAGAGGAGGAGCAGGAGGACGACGGAGACGAGGAGGACUACCACUAUGUGUAUGAAGAUGAAGAGGACGACCGAGACAGUGAGGAAAAGGACAUGAAGAAAGACAAAGCUGCCAUCCCUGAGAGCCAGGAUGUUGACAAAACUCUGCAGGAAGUGGAAGGUGUGUGUUCUCUGGAGGCGGAGACCGGCCCCUGCCGUGCCUCUAUGCCUCGCUGGCACUUCGACAUGCAGCAGAGGAAGUGUGUGCGCUUCAUCUACGGAGGCUGUGCCGGCAACCGCAACAAUUUCGACUCCGAGGAGUACUGCAUGGCCGUUUGUAAACGUUUGACUGUGCCACCCACCCCUCAACCCACAGAUGAUGUGGAUGUGUACUUUGAGACCCCAGCAGAUGAUAAAGAGCACAGCCGUUUCCAGAAGGCCAAGGAGCAACUUGAGAUCAGACACCGCAACCGCAUGGAGAGGGUGAGGAAGGAGUGGGAGGAAGCUGAGAGCCAGGCCAGGAACCUACCCAAAGCUGAGCGACAGACACUGAUCCAGCACUUCCAGGCUAUGGUGGAGUCCUUAGAGGAGGAGGCAGCCAGCGAGAAACAGCAGCUGGUGGAGACUCAUCUUGCCCGGGUGGAGGCCAUGCUGAACGAUCGCCGCCGUCUUGCCCUGGAGAACUACCUAGCCGCUCUGCAGGCUGAUCCACCAAGGCCCCACCGUAUCCUGCAGGCUCUGAAGAGGUACGUGCGUGCCGAGAAUAAGGAUCGUCAGCACACCAUCCGCCACUACCAGCACGUUCUGGCCGUGGACCCUGAGAAGGCCGCCCAGAUGAAGUCCCAAGUGAUGACCCACCUGCGGGUGAUUGAGGAGAGGAUGAACCAGAGCUUGUCCCUGCUCUAUAAGGUGCCCUACGUCGCAGAGGAGAUCCAGGAUGAGAUUGAUGAACUUCUGCAGGAUCAAAAGGCAGACAUGGACCAGUUCCUGUCCUCCAUCUCUGAAUCGCAGCCUGACGUUACUGUGUCCUCUGAGGAGAGUGUGGAGGUUCCUGCCUUUGAAGGAAAGCCUUUCCGCCCCUUCCAGGUCAACUCUCUGGGCUCCCCCGCUGAACCCGAGGGCGAUCUCUCUGAACCCCCUCGUGCCUUCAAGAAAGGCUCUGGCAUGAACAGUCUGGAUGGUCUGAUUGGAGCAGAGGAAAAAGUCAUCAACAGCAAGAUCAACGAAAAUGUGGUGAGCCCACCAGCCUGCCUCCAACACCACACACGCUUCAAUGAUCUGUUGCGAACACUGUGCCAACUCUCAUGACUGAAAUUACAUAAACA